UUCCUGUGCGCUUCCCAGCCUCGGUGCCGGUGCUUCGGUACGUGCCGUGCCAGGCGCCGCCUGAACGCUGCACCCUUGCCGCCAGGCCCCAGCACCAUGCUGCGCCGCAAGCCCUCCAACGCCGGGGAGAAAGAGCCAGGACACAGGAAGCUCUCCCUCCAGCGCUCCAGCAGCUUCAAGGACUUUGCCAAGUCCAAAGUCAGCUCCCCCGCGCCGAGCGAGAAGGAGUUCAACCUGGAGGAGAACAUCCCCGAGGAUGAGUCCAGCAGCGCCGGCCCCGACGAUGCCGCACGGAGCAGCGGGAUGAAGCUGGGCAAGAAGUGGCGGGCCGUCAUCUCCCGCACCAUGAACCGCAAGAUGGGCAGGAUGGCCGUGAAAGCCCUGGCCGAAGGGAAGGUGAGCGGGGCGCCCGGGCAGGCGGGGGGCAGCUCCCCCUCCCUCAGCCUGACCCUGGUCCCCCAGCAGGGAGACGUGGAGGAGGAGGGCCCCCUGUGCCCCCCGUCCCCAGCCAGCAGCACGGAGGAGCCGAGCCACGAAAAGGUGCCCCUGUCCUACGUGGAGAUGGAGGAAGACGGGCACCCAUCCCUCAGCCGCCAGCUGUCCAGCGGCAGCGAGGUUUCCAGCCCCGGGGGCAGCCAGCGGGAGAGCCUGCGGCUGGAGGAGAGCGGCCCAGCCUACACCGGCCCCUUCUGCGGCCGGGCCCGCGUCCACACCGACUUCACACCCAGCCCCUACGACAAGGACUCGCUGAAGCUGCGGAAAGGGGACAUCAUCGGCAUCAUCGAGAAGCCGCCCGUGGGCACCUGGACCGGGCUGCUCAACAACAGGGUGGGCUCCUUCAAGUUCAUCUACGUGGAUGUCAUCCCCGAGGAGACGGCCCCCGCCCGCAAGAGCCGGGGCCCCAGCAAGAGCAAGCGGCCCAAGCCCAAGACCCUCCACGAGCUGCUGGAGCGCAUCAACCUGCAGGAGCACACCUCCACCCUGCUGCUCAACGGCUACCAGACCCUGGAGGACUUCAAGGAGCUGCGGGAGACCCACCUCAACGAGCUGAACAUCACGGACCCCCAGCACCGCGCCAAGCUGCUCACGGCCGCCGAGCUCCUCCUGGAUUACGACACAGCGAGCGAGCCGGAGGAAGGCGACAGCUCCGACGCCCAGCCUUCGCCCUUGGAGCCCAAGGUGGACAUUCCCCGGGACUCGGGCUGCUUCGAGGGAUCGGAGACCUUAGACAGCAGCCGGGACGAGGCCGAGCUGGGGGGUCCCGAGGGGCAGCUGCAGGCGCUCUCCCUGGCAGAGUCCUCCUGAGCCUGCCCUGCCUGCUGGCACUGCUGCGCCGACGGGCACAGCCCACAGCCGCUUCCACCCCAGCGGGUCAGGGCUGGAGGGGACAGUUGCUCGGGGGGGAAGCAGGUGAGCCCCGGCAGCGGGACCCCACAGGCGCUGUGGGCAGCUCGGCCAUUGGUCCCCCGAGGCUGCCCCGUUUGCUGCCCCCAGGACAAUUUGUACUGCGCUGCCUCGCUCCGCUGCCCCGACACGGGUGCCCCAGGCACCCUGGGGACCACGCUCCCCGCUGAGGGCCUGGAUUACCUCCCCGGGGUUUGCCCCACUUUAUCCACAGCUUUAGGAGCUCCUCCCAGAGCCCUUGUCUGCUGGGCUGAGCGCACAGGAGCCUGCAAGGACAGGGAGGUCUGCGGCAGGCAGGGAUGGAGCAAACCCGGCGCUGAGCAGCUGGGUGGGAGAGCCCAGAGGUGCCACUGAGCCCAGAGGUGCCACCGAGCCCGGCUCCUCGCCAUGAGAGGACACCCAUGCUGCCUUCCUCCAGCAUCUUCCCCGCAGAGCCAGGGCGAGCGCAGAAAGGUUUGCUGGACAGUUUGGAUUGCCAGGGAGAGGUUUGGCCAAGCUGAGAGCAGCCCAGCAAGGGCACGACGAGCCCCCUCCCUCAGCUCAAGGUGGCCCCCAAAGGGCACCAAGCCUGGUCCAGGGGGGUACAAGAGGGAAGUGGAGCAAUCACCCUGCUGCCCCACAAGCAGAUGGGCUCAGCAGGGUGAGGCUGUCACCCAGCACCACAGCCCCUUCCAGACUGCCAGAUCCCCCCCAAAGCACCCCAGGCAUCCCCCGGGAAGGGGCAGGGGAGCUGCAGCCGAGCCAGGGCCCCACAGAGCCCCCCUGCAUGGGCAGGGGCAGGCAGGGGAAGGGAUCCCCCCAGGAGCACAGGGCAGCCUGUAACAUCAACCAGCUGCUGCUCCCGGGCUGGGGGCACCUACCCCAGCCCCCUUCGGCCAGCUCUGCCUGCUGCACGCCACCAGCUCCUGCACUGCGGCAUCGGCCUUUGGGCACCCAGGCUCUUCCUUUGCGCUCCAUCCCAAUAAAAGUGUGCAAGUCCGUUCCGCUCCAGCCUGCAGCCUGCUUCCUAUGCGCCAGGAGGGAGCUGGGGAAGGGAGCAGUGGCUGCAGGUAACAGAAAGCUUCCCAGGGCCCUCCCCAGCUGCAGCCAGUGGGAUUUGUCACCGUUAGGUCUGGGCUGCAGCAUCUGUGCACCGAGACCCCCGCUUUCACCCGCAGGACGCAAAUGAGACAAGGCAGAUAAGCCACCCUGGAAGUGUGAGACGUAGAGGCUGGAA